CAGACUCUGUUAUUCAGUAAUCAUCAUCUUCAGAAAUUUCAUAUAUUAUUUUCCUUUUUCUUUUUGGGAAAAAAGAAAAAACAAUAACGAAAAGAUCCAAACAAAAUCAGCACAGAAAAAGAUAAAAUAAACAAACAAAAAAAAAAAAAAAGAAGAAGAAGAAAAAAGAAAAGGAAGAGCAAGUGGAUCAGAAAACGUUUCCUCUUUCUUAUUCUUGCGUUUAGAUUCUAUUUAAUUUCUUCUCUGACUCGUUUUCAUGGCGGAUCUGUACGGUGGUGCUCCUUAUUCGAAUCCGGAAACUGAAGAAAUCUCCACUAUCCUUAACCAGCUCCUUCAUAAUUCCUCUUCUUCGUCAUCUUCAUCAUCUUCGUGCAUGCAAUUCAAGGGCAAGAACAUUCACUCUUUUCCGUCUCCAGUGCCGGGAAUUUCAACGCCGGCUGCUAACUCCGGCGCGGGGAUGGGAAUUCCGGUUAUGGAUCGGUACCGGCUCGGCGGAUUGGCUGUUCGAAUCGAAUCAGAGCCUCGAGUCAAUAUCUCUGAUCCUGAAACGUAUUUUGGAGCUAACGUUAAAGAUAGCGCUGACAAUGCGUUAUCUUCUGCCUGCGAUUUCAGUUAUGACAGCGAGAAGGUUCCGGACGCAUCGGAGGUGCCAUCAAAUCAAGAACGGCCGCGGAGUUCAUCGAAGCGCAGCAGAGCAGCCGAAGUCCAUAAUUUGUCGGAAAAGAGGAGGAGGAGUCGGAUUAAUGAGAAAAUGAAAGCUUUACAGAAUCUAAUCCCGAACUCUAACAAGACGGAUAAAGCUUCUAUGCUUGACGAGGCGAUCGAGUAUUUAAAACAGCUUCAGCUUCAAGUACAGAUGUUAUCGAUGAGAAAUGGAUUGAGUUUGUACCCAAUGUGCUUACCAGGAGUACCACAGCCAAUGCAAAUGCCUCCCACAGGCUUGGGCUAUGAUGAGGGACAUGGAUUCUUCAGUCCCAACAUCGGAGCAGGCACAUUUUCUUCAAACGAAGAAAGCUCGAUGAAUACACCUUUUAAUCUUUCGAAUCCAUGCACCAUCUCAAAUCUGCCAGUUGUUGCACCUUCUGUAGCUAACAUGUCUAAUUUGGAAGCUUCAAUUGGUUUUGAAUCACCUGCUGGGGCACACUAUGGAUCCUUCACCCACUCAACCUCUUCCAAGGAAAUUUGUAAGGAAGGCAGAUCACAGAUUGAAUUAGAGAUGAAUCAUGGUGGGAAUAGCUCUUCAUCAGGCGUGUCUUAGCCAAAGCAGAAUUCCCCCAAGAAACAGCAUGUACAAUAAUAAAACCGAGACCGAACUCUUCCUCUGCUUCAAGCGCCAUAGAAUCUACAAAUUAUAUUCAAACUGAUAACAUUUUAUACUUGUUCAGGUUAUUUUAUGUUACAAGUUGUAACAGGCUGACACUAAGGAAUUGAUUUGAUGCCUCAUUCCCCCCCCCCCCUACCCCUGCAUAAAGUGAUAAUUAUUAUUACUAUCUCUAUGGCGUUAAAGUGGGAAUCUUUCUUCUCGGUGCUGAAAUGAAGGCACAUUUAGUUGGAAUGA